AUGGCUGCCGACCGAGACGGAGAAGUGAGGUGGGACGGGCUGCGCAGCAGGGAUGCUGGCGCCAGAGACAGUGCCCUGGAAAACAUCAGGCAAGCGGCCCUGAAGAAAAGCGAGGCCGUGGUUCGUGUCAAAGAAAAACUGUCUCCUCCAGUGGCAGAAGGGCUCUUGCCUUCUGCGCAGGGGGCUUCAGAGGGGCUGAACGAGAUGCUGGCGCGCCUGCUGAUGCUGUCCAAAAGGUGUCCCUUCAGAGAUGUGAGGGAGAAGAGUGAGGCCAUUCUGAGGAGUGUCCAGGAACUCGGAGUUAGGAUUCCUAGACCACUGGGACAAGGACCAAGCAGAUUCAUCCCAGAGAUGGAGAUUCUUCAAGUGAGCACUGAAGAUACCCAAAUGCAUGCAUUGUUUGCAGAGUCUUUUACAACUUUAGGGCGUUUGGACAAUAUUACCUUAGUGAUGGUUUUCCACCCACAGUAUCUAGAGAGUUUUUUGAAAACUCAGCAUUAUCUGUUGCAGAUGGAUGGCCCGCUGCCUCUUCACUAUCGACACUACAUAGGUAUCAUGGCGGCAGCUAGGCACCAGUGUUCUUACUUGGUUAAUCUGCAUGUCAGUGACUUUCUUCAUGUUGGGGGAGACCCUAAAUGGCUGAAUGGUCUAGAGAAAGCCCCUCAGAAACUGCAGAAUUUGGGUGAAUUGAACAAAAUCUUGGCACACAGACCAUGGCUCAUUACUAAGGAACAUAUUGAACAACUUUUAAAGACCGAAGAACAUAGCUGGUCGCUGGCAGAACUGAUCCAUGCCGUAGUUCUUCUUACACACUACCAUUCACUUGCCUCCUUCACAUUUGGCUGUGGAAUCAACCCUGAGAUUCAUUGUGAUGGCGGUCACACCUUCAGGCCCCCCUCUGUCAGUGACUACUGCAUUUGUGAUAUUACAAAUGGAAACCACAGUGUGUGUGAGACACAGGGCCCAGUUAGAAAUAUUCCGACUACAGAGCCUUCCUGUGAAGUGGAAGCACUUAUGGAAAAAAUGAAGCAGCUACAGGAAUGUAGAGAUGAAGCUAAAGCCAGCAAAGAAGAAAAGGCUACUCGUUUUGAGAAAGAGAAGAGAGAGAGCAUGUUGGUCUGUUGCUCAGAUGAUGAAGAAAUGGCACCAACAAGAGAUGUGUCUCGUCACUUUGAGGAUACCAGUUAUGGUUAUAAGGAUUUCUCCAGGCAUGGCAUGCAUGUGCCUACGUUGCAUGCUCAGGACUAUUCAUGGGAGGACCAUGGCUAUUCACUGGUAAAUCGUCUGUAUCCAGAUGUGGGGCAGCUGAUAGAUGAGAAGUUUCAUAUUGCAUACGACCUGACUUACAACACAAUGGCCAUGCAUAAAGAUGUGGAUACCUCAAUGCUUAGGCGUGCAAUUUGGAAUUAUAUCCACUGUAUGUUUGGAAUAAGAUAUGAUGAUUAUGAUUAUGGUGAAAUCAACCAGCUACUGGAUCGCAGCUUUAAAGUUUACAUAAAAACUGUAGUUUGUAUGCCUGAAAAAACCACAAAAAGAAUGUAUGACAGCUUCUGGAGGCAAUUCAAACACUCUGAGAAGGUUCAUGUCAAUUUGCUUCUCAUAGAAGCACGGAUGCAAGCUGAACUGCUUUAUGCUCUGAGAGCCAUUACCCGCUACAUGACCUGAAACAUUGGUUAACAAUGAUGGAAGGUGCAGCAUAUCUACCCACCAGAGGAUGGUAACAAGUUCCUGAAUCGGUGGUGGCUAAAAGCUACGAGCUCCAUCGUGCCAUAACUCCUUUAGUUUCUGCUCUUCCCUUGAUGGAAUGUUGCUG